AGAAAAAUAUACCAUGGAAACAAAUGUUUUCAGUUCGACUUAUUUACUGCCUCAUAAAAGGACAGCGAACCAGUUUCAGUUUCGUUUCUUGAAAAGGAGCCAUCCAGAGAACGGAACUCAAACUCUCACGUACACAGAAUCAGUUCUGUGUGCCCGUGUUGGUUCAAGAGCAUCCCAGUAGAUUUACGAUGGAUCCCUGUACAAUGAUUGCAGCUGGUGCAGGAGCAGUUGCAGCAGUUGCUGCAGCUCCUGCUGUUGUAGCAGCUGCAGGUUUCACUGCCACUGGAAUCGCAGCAGGUUCCUUGGCCGCCUCUAUGAUGUCAUCAGCCGCUCUGGCAAGCGGAGGAGGGGUCGUGGCUGGAUCCGUGGUAGCAACGCUUCAAUCUGUGGGUGCUGCUGGAAUCCCUUUAGGCGCAAGUGCAGCUAUUGGUGCUAUAGGGGCCACUGUGGGUGCAGUUGUGGGGGGACCUCUUAUUUGCAGUUCAGGAGAAACAGCAGUAAACCGGAGCCGAAAGAGAGAAGAGACUUCGCUCGUUUGGUGCUGUCUGUGGUGUCUCCAUACCUCUUUCCCCCGUACACCUUCCAGAUCAAAGUGGGCGGACUUUAUCUGCUCCACGGGCUCUUCAACACAGCUCUGCACUCCCAAAGAAAAGAUCCGCAUGGCUCUGAAGGACUGGCAGGAUGUUAUGCAGUUCCAGCAGGAUGCAGUGAACGCUCUGCAUUAUGAUGUGGUUUAUAUCCUCAGAAAACUCCUGUCAGAAAAAUCUUUCUACUUCACGGCCAUGCCAACAGUGGGGAGAUCUUUCCUUGUGACAUCGCUUUGUUCCAACUAUUUGUUGGAGACACCUCAUCCCAGAAAGAAUAAAAAAGAUUUUGACAUCCAAGGAGAUGAUGUCUUGAAAGUCCUGGCAAACACAAUCAUGGCCAUUUAUGUCAUCCGAAAGGAAGGAGGAGAUCUAGGACACUAUGAGGACAUUGGAAUUGUUGUUGAUGGGGUCAUCAUUCUGGAGCACAUGAGAUCUAUAGCACAGGCCUGUGCAGUCAUGCUCGGUGCAAUCUAUGCGCUUAAUUUGGCAUACCCAAAAGAGCUCAAAUACUACUAUGAAUUCAUACAGAAAGUCCUUAUGCAAAUGGUUUCUGAAAGGCUCUCCUCUAAAGUCCAAGGACUGAAAAACAAAAUAAGUGUAAGACUGUAGUUUUGCUACAGGCACUGAUGUUCAUGCUCAUAUUGAGAUUUCAGUUCAGAUGAUUGUCACAGCCUGGAACAUUGCACAUUUUCUUUUCAAGAACCAUAAGUUUAUAGUUCAAGCACUUUUAUAAUUACCAUAUAAAUAGCUGUUUUUGAUUACAGUUUUUAUUACUUUAUUAGAUUUUGUUAUUUUUGAAAAUGUAUCCUUUGAUAAUUUUCUUUUUUACACAAAUGUGCAGUUUGUUACUUGAAAUGUCAGCACAUUAACUGUUGCAUUAUAAAAGUGUAUUGUGGCUGGUUACUUGUGUAGCCAAUUGUAACAAUAGCCUAUAAAAUGUUCCUUUUUAAAUGUGAGUUUUAAAAUUUCCACAGAUAUUGGAAGGGUUUUUUUUUUUUUUAACCCACAAAGGUGAUUUGUUGUUGGACAUGUUGUUCACCACAGCAUUUGAAGACACUGUUGCAGUUUAAGCACUGUUGUAUUAAUGAUGCACAAACAGGUGUUAUGUGGCCAAUUACCACUUGUGGGUUUCCUUUUAUAUUUUUUUUUUUUUUGUGGGUAUUUUAUGAAUGUGCAAUUUGUUAUUUUAAAUGUCAGCACUUUGUUAGCAGUUGCAUUAUAAAAGUGUAUUGUGGCUGGUUACUUAUUAUGUGGCCAAUUGUAACAAUGGUGCCUUUUUAAAUGUGAGUUUAACAUUUCUACAGAUGUUUUUAUAUAUAUAUAUAUAUAUAUAUAUAUAUAUAUAUAUAUAUAUAUAUACCCACAAAGAAGGUGAUUGUUGUUGGACAU